AACGCUUUCAUUUCCUGUCUGCACUCUUUACAACCCUACUACAUCCAACAAUGAACCAGUUAUUCACAAUUUACUUUGUAUUCGCUUUCUUCGGCGAGAUAUUUGCUGCAGGCAUGGUCGGCUUUUUUGCCCCUGUUGGAUUCCUGUCUCCAUUCAUGCUUAGCAUAACUCUCUUAUCCUUCCUACUUGCACUGCUUCAUGUUCGCCUGGUGCACACAGUGUUGUCAGCACACAAAACCGAUCCCCCCGUCCGCAAUUGCCUUUUGUCUCAUGCAGCAAUGGGUUCAGGAUUUCUGGUCGUCUCAAUCGAAGUUCACUCUUACGACAUAACACAAACCCUGCCGCUCAAAGGAUGUUUGGGAUAUCUGAUAAUACCAGUGUUUGUCUGCACAUUACUUUGCACAAUCAUCUUCUAUCGUUGGUCGCUAGGCUACUGCGCUGACAGGCAAGAUUUGGGGUCGCUGGGGGAUGUUUGUGACUUGUUGCUCUCACGGGUUUCAUCAUGUAUUGCGUCCCAUACCAACACUCCGGAAACACUCCCUCAAGCACUCUCCGAGCCAUUCACCGAACAUUACUUACGCUUCGACACUCCCAUGUCACCUGUAAGUCACACAGCGGCGGGUACCGACGUACUUCCCCAACCUUAUUACCAGCUUUCAGACCAUGACCAUAGAGAGAGGAAAUCAGAUGAAGAAUCUUGCAUUGGUCUCCAUGUGUAGAACUUGUACAACUACGCAUGAAAGUGCCAUUAGGCAUCAAUUCAAUGCUAUUGCCAUUUGUAUCCAUCCAUGCGGUGAAUGCGCUGCCAAGCGCUUGAUAGUUGUAUUGUUCACUUUCAAGUCGUCUCUUUUAUGGUGAUGACCACACCACAACAGAAAGCGAGAGUAACGUCUUUCAAGUCUCCACCUCGUAAUGCGUAUUCUAGUCUUGGUAAGUAGCCGCUCCAAGCACUUUUGAGUCACGCGCGUAUCAAGAUCCAACUUUGAUCC